GCGCGUGCAGUCCCGAGGGCUCGCGGCGGCGGCGGCGGGUCGCGGCGGCGGCGAUGCUGCGCGGGAGCGUGCUGCUGCUGUGCCUGCUGCUGCCGUGCCGGGGCCAGCAGCACCGCGACGAGGCCGAGCGCAUCAUGGGCACCACGCCGGUCAUCGACGGGCACAACGACCUGCCCUGGCAGCUCCUCAAGAGGUUCAACAACCAGCUGGGGCUGCCGGAGGCCAACCUGACGCUGCUCAACGGCACCCACACCAACAUCCCCAAGCUGCGCAGCGGGCGCGUGGGCGGGCAGUUCUGGUCCGCGUACGUGCCCUGCGAGACGCAGGACAAGGACGCGGUGAAGCGCACGCUGGAGCAGAUAGACGUGGUGCACCGCAUGUGCGAGCUCUACCCCGACACCUUCGCCUGCGUUGUCGACAGCACCGGCAUCGAGCAGGCUUUCCGCGACGGGAAGGUGGCCAGCCUCAUCGGGGUGGAGGGCGGCCACUCCAUCGACAGCAGCCUGGGCGUCCUGCGCACCUUCUACCGCCUGGGCGUCCGCUACAUGACCCUCACCCACAGCUGCAACACGCCCUGGGCAGAUAACUGGCUCGUGGACACCGGCAGCGAGCCGGCCUUGCACGACGGCCUCUCGUCCUUCGGGCAGACGGUGCUGGAGGAGAUGAACCGCCUGGGCAUGAUCGUGGACCUGGCCCACGUCUCCGUGAAGACCAUGAAGGACGCGCUGACCCUCUCCAAAGCCCCCGUCAUCUUCAGCCACUCGUCCGCCUACGGCAUCUGCCCGCACCGGCGCAACGUGCCCGACGACGUGCUGCAGAUGGUGGUCUCCACCGGCAGCCUGGUGAUGGUGAACUUCUACAACCAGUACGUGACGUGCCGGGACACGGCCACGCUGGCCGACGUGGCGGACCACAUGGACUACGUGAAGGCGGUGGCCGGCAUCGAGUCCGUCGGCUUCGGUGGCGACUACGACGGGGUCCCGGGGCUGCCCACCGGCCUGGAGGACGUGUCCACCUACCCGGCGCUGGUGGCAGAGCUGCUGGCGAGGAACUGGACCGAGGAGGAGGUGCGGGCGGCCCUGGCCGAGAACCUGCUCCGCGUGUUCAGGAAGGUGGAGGAGGUGAAGGCAGCCCUGCAGGGCACGGCCGCCCGCGAGGAGCCCAUCGCCUUCGAGGAGCUGGACGGCACCUGCCGCACCCGCUACGGGUACCCCAGCGGCGCCGGCCCUGCCCGGCUGCUGCCGCCGGCCCUGGCCCUGGCGCUGCCGCUGCUGGGCCUCCUGCUCUAGCGCCCGGCGCCCUGCCCGAGCCCCGAAAUAAAGCUGUGCUUCGA